UUGUCCAGGUCAUUUUUUCAACCAUCAACUAGUGGUGAAAGCUCAGAAUUUGUGAUGCAUGACCUCAUCAAUGAUCUCGCUCAGUUUGUUGCAGGAACCGUUUGUUUUAGGCUGGAGGAUAAGUCGAAAGUUAACGAGCAGUACAAAAAUAUCAGUAAGGCUCGCCAUUCAUCUUACAAGCAGGAAAAAUAUGACGGCAUCAAAAAGUUUGAGGCCUUUUAUGAUGCCAAGCAUUUACGUACCCUUGUACAAUUUGGAGCAUAUUAUGGAGAAGCUUAUUUGACCAGCAAUGUUCCCCAUGAUUUGUUGCCAAAGCUUAGACGUUUACGCGUGCUUAGUUUUGGUGGAUGCAUAAUAGGUGAACUGCCAAGUUCGAUCGGACAUUUAAAGCAUUUGAGGUUUCUUGAUCUUUCUCAUGCCCUGCUUUGCUCAUUACCCGAAUCACUAUGUACUCUAUACAAUCUACAAACACUCAAAUUAAGAUAUUGUAUACACAUGAAGAAGUUGCCUACAGCCACAGGAAACCUAAUUAACUUGCGUCAUCUCGACAUUACUGGUGCAAAUUCCUUACAUGAAAUGCCACCAAAAAUAGGUCAGUUAACAAGUCUCCAAACAUUAUCAAACUUCAUUGUUAGUAAAGGAAAUGGGUUUAUGAUAAGAGAGUUGGGGAACUUAAUGCAUCUUAGAGGGGCACUUUGCAUAUCUGGGUUAGAUAAUGUGGUGGAUGUUGUGGAUGCAAAGACUGCCAAGUUAUAUGAGAAACAGGGCUUAGAUGAGCUAUUGAUGAAAUGGAGUGACAUCAAUUCAGAUGAUUCACGAAAUGAAAAGGUUGAAUUAGAAGUGCUUGACAUGCUACAACCGGACAAGAAGGUUAAAGUACUUUCCAUCAAUGGUUACUAUGGUCCAAUAUUCCCAACUUGGGUUGGAGAUCCUCGGUUUUCUAAUAUGGUGCACUUAGUGUUGCAAAAUUGUGAAAAAUGCACAUGCUUACCACCUCUGGGGCAAUUACCCUCACUUGCAAAACUUUACAUUCGAGGAAUGAAAAGAGUAGAGAAUGUUGGCCUUGAUUUCUUUGGGGGGGGUUGCUCGAACCCUUUUCCAGCUCUAGAGACUUUACACUUUUGGGAUAUGCCGGAUUGGGAGGAUUGGUCUCCUUUUGAAGUUGAUGAGGAAGUUCAAGCAUUUGCUCGCCUCUCAGAGCUCUCCAUUCAAAGAUGCCCCAAGCUUUUGGGUAAAUUGCCCAACAGUCUUCCUUGCUUAAGAAAGCUUGAGAUUCAGAAGUGCCCACAGUUGGUGGUUGAAUGGCUUCCGAGCCCUACAAUGAUCCACCAAAAGAGGAAUACCCUUCACUUCAGUUCAGUCACCUCCUUAUCUCUUAGUGAUGUUUCAAUUUUGGACUCUAUUCCUAAUCAAGAGGUAGGCGAUGAAGUAUUAGCAACUGCAGCGUGUAAACAUUUGAGCUCAGUGACUGAUAUGAGAAUAGAAAAUAUUCAGAAACUCACAUGCCUGCCUAAAUGGUUCUUUCAUGGGUUUACGGGACUCAAAAAAUUGAGGAUUCGUAAUUGCAAAGAACUCAAAACAUUGUGGCAGAAUGAGGUCAGACUACAGCACAAACUCCCUGCCCCUGCCUUGCGACAUUUGGAGAUUGAAAACUGCCCCCAACUUAUUUCCUUGUUCGAAGUAGAAGAAGAAGAAAAAGAUAGUCCACAGUUGCAGCGACAGCAGCAGGAGCAAGAGGGGUCGCCUUGCUUAAUGGGGCUUAUGUAUCUGGGAAUUGAUAAUUGUGAAAAGCUGGAGAAGCUGCCAGGGGGACUGCAUGCCCUGAAAUGUCUUCAGAAAAUGAAGGUUCAAAAUUGUCCAUCGCUCACCUACUUAUCGUCCAGAGGUGGGCUACCGGCCGCACUUGAAGAACUUGAUAUUGCUCAUCUAUCGCAGCUGGAGUCACUACUAGCAGAGGAGGGUAUGAAAAUUAGUUGUCCAUCUCUUCAAUCGAUUCGAAUUAAUGCUUGUAAGAAGCUCAAAUCCUUGCCCGAUGCCAUGCAUAGCAGCAACAAUAAUGAAUUCAAAAAUCUCAACCUAGUGGACAUAAGAGGUUGUGAAAACAUGGAGUCCCUUCCGGAAGGUUGGUUCCGGUUGGCUACAUCGAAUCUGAGAGACUUGCUUAUCUACGACUGCAAAAAGCUCGAGGCCCUACUGUACAACCUCAGUUCUCUUCAAGAGCUGAAAGUAUGGAAAUGCCCUGAAGGAAUUGUCUCCAACUGGAGUUCUCUGACGAACCUCAGUUCACUUACCAUCGACACGAUCAUGAUCGGUAAGCCCCCAUCAGAGUGGGGUUUGCACAGAUUGCCCUCUCUUAGAAAACUCCUCCUUAAUGGUUUUGAAGAUUACCGUUGGGAGUCCAUUUCAGAAGAUGGAAUGUUAUUGCCCACCUCUCUGACCAACCUGUCCUUCCAGUAUUUUCCAAACCUAGAGAAGCUAUCUUUCAAGGACUUUCAAGACCUCACCUCUCUUGAAACACUUUACAUCUAUGAUUGCUGUAAGCUCACUUCUUUGCCAAAGGAAGGACUGCCUCCCUCGCUUUUGAAUCUCUAUAUUUGUAGUUGCCCCAAAUUUGCAUCGUUUCCGCAGCAAGGGCUGCCUCCCUCGCUUUUGUGGUUGGAGAUCAAAGGAUGUCCGAUACUAAAACAACGGUGUCAAAAUGGGAAAGGCCGAUAUUGGCGCUUCAUUUCUCACAUUCCUCGUGUCGACAUAGAUGAUAAAUUCAUCUUUGACCCAAGCUGCUACAAAACAAGCCAGAUUUGAGGCACAUAUAUAGAGAGAUUGUGAGAGUGGAGAGUGGAGGUGAAUGGCAUCGGUUUCUCCCUCAUUUUUGGAGAUUGCCACCAAUGGUGUAGGGGAGAUCUAGAGAUGUAGUGGAGAUCCAGACAGAUAGAAGUCGAGAUUGAGAGGGAACACAGUUGAUCAAACAUACUCAUUGUCGACUAUGGUGAAGAAGAUCACAAGACAAAGGGUUUCAUAAACUAGAUAUGUGAUUUUAGACUUCGAAUUUACAUCAAUGCAAAAUUGCAUGUUAAACAUGCGACUUUAUUAUCAAUGUUGUCAUUGUAAUUGUAAUGGUUGAACCAUAUUGACUGAUACAUUCAUCAUACAUCCAUCCAUCCAUCUUUGCUA